AUGGCCGGGACCAUCUAUCUACCAGACCUGGAGGCUGGGUGGCUAUGGCCUCGUCGACUCAACAUCCACACGCCCGACAUAAGGCAGGAGUGUCUCGACUGGGCUGCCAGCUUCGGAGCCUUCACACCACGGGCACAGAAGGCUUUCGACAAGUGUGACUUCAAGCAUCUGAGAUGCGCGUGCGACGUCAUGAACCUCUUCUUCAUCUUCGACGAGCACUCCGAUAAGUCCCAACCGGCCGACGUAUGGGACCAGGUCCACAUCCUAAUGGAUGCUCUUCUCAACCCCGAAACACCCCGACCGGCCGGAGAGUGGAUAGGCGGCGAAAUUGCCCGAGCGUUCUGGAUCCAAGCGACCAAGAUCUCGACCAAGUCUUUCCGGAGACGCUUCCUCGCGAGCUGGGAGGAUUACCUCAAGGGAACCGCACAGCAGGCCGAAGAUAGAUCGCGCUCACACAUCCGUACUGUCGCCAGUUAUCUCGAGGUCCGGCGGCAGACCAUCGGCGUGAUGCCGUCCUUGGUCUUCUUUCAGAUUGACAUGGACUUGCCCGACGAGGUGUUGGCGCACCGUACCAUCAAGACAUUGGAGAUGCUUGCGGUGGACCUAACCAUCAUUGCCAACGAUCUGCUGUCAUAUGACAAAGAGCAAGCCUCCAGCGACGACGAGCACAACCUCGUCACCAUCGCCAUGAAGGAGUUCGACACUGAUGUACAGGGCGCCGUCGACUGGGCCGCGAGAAUCCACGCCGACUUGGUACAGCAGUUCAACUAUGUAGUGCGGAUUGUGCCCCGAUGGGGUGGUCCCGUCGACUUGGACGUCCAGACGUAUGUGGACGGUAUUGGCCAAUGGGUUGUUGCCAACGUCCAGUGGAGUUUCGAGAGCGAGAGAUACUUUGGCACACGCGGCCUCGAGGUCAAGAAGACGCGUAUGCUCCAGCUCCUACCACAGGGGCAAAAGGCACAGGCCGAGAUCGGUCCGGUCGUCGUUGACGACAUAUCAUCGUGA